AAAUUUUAUUUUAUUUGUCAGUUCAAGAUGGUGUUUUGACACAUCCUUUUUUUCACUUUCUUUAAACGUUUUUUUACUUGAGCAUUUACCAAAAAAAGAAGGAAUAUUUGUAGUCCCACCCAAGAUCCCAAAGUCAACCCCAAAACACCCAACUCCUGAGCUAACCCAUGGGUAAGAGAUCGCAAAAGAGCAGUGUGCUGAUGGUCUGCGUGGGCAAUAUUUGCCGCUCCCCCAUUGCCGAAGCGGUUAUGGGUGAGGUCAUCGUCAAGGCGGGCCUGCAGAAGGAGUGGCACGUGGAGAGCGCGGCGAUCGAAGGCUGGCACUCGGGUAGCAUGCCGGAUGAGCGGGCAUUAAGUGUCCUGGCCAAGCACAACAUAAGCUACAUUGGUUAUGCCAGGGUUUUGACCACUGACGAUUUUAAGAAGUUUGACUAUAUCUUUGGCAUGGAUAGGAGCAAUCUAGCCGCUCUGAAGCGUAUGGCCCCGGAUAAUGCCAAAGCCAAAGUGCUAUUGCUGGGGAACUUCGGGCUGAAACCAGAUGAUCGUAUUAUUGAAGAUCCUUAUUAUAGUGUGGGCGAGGAACCGUUCGAAAAGAUAUACCAAAAGUGCAGCAUAGCGUGCCAAAAAUUCUUGGAGCAAGCCCGCAUGGAGCAAAUUUUGUGAACGAACCCCGAGAGACCG